AUUUAUGAUGUUUUAUUUUGGCUGCAGUGUAAAUAACUUGCUCCUUAAAUUCCUUUGCUCUCUUGACAUUCUUUGAAACAUCUUCCUGCGAAAGGCUAUUGAUGAUAUUAAUAAACCUCACUGAUCUCAUAAAUUAUAUUUUUGAAUAUCUCUAGCUGUCAGUAAAUGUACAGUAAUUAUGCCGCCAAAUAUGUGUGUUUUGUUGAUACUGUGCCACACACAGUCGGGAGGAUAUACAUGUAGAUAUUGAAGAUGCUUGAAGGCCACUUCCCCCCGGCACAGGAUUUCAUCUGUCAUCAUGGGGAUGCAAGGAGGAUUCUGCGGGCUGGAGUUCCCCUCAUAUUUCGAAGAUUUGAGGGAAAUUGUCACAACAGUAGAAACUCGACUCCGGCCAAUUCCUGAGAUCAGAAUGCACAUCUCCCGUUUCAUGGACGGCGCCGACAUGGACGAGGUCUACCCCAGGCUAUAUCUCGGUGACUGUGACGCUGCCAUGAAUGAACAGUAUCUUCUUCGCCACGGCAUCACAUACAUAUUAAACGCAGCUGGAAAUACGUGUGGACCUGCUCCCGUAAAGACAGGGCCAGACUACUACAAAGAUCCUUCCAUAGUAUAUUUAGGCCUUAAUCUUAUUGAUCUUCCAUUCAUAAACAUUUCCGUCCAUUUCGAAACUGGUGCCAACUUUAUAGAGGAUGCUUUAAGUUCUGGAGGCAAAGUGUUAGUGCACUGUCGCCAGGGAAGGUCGCGCUCGGCCUCCAUCGUGGCGGCGUUUCUGAUGAUCAAGCGCGACAUGGCGGCGGCGGCGGCGCUGACGCUGCUCAGAGAGUGUCGGGAGAUCAGACCAAACAACGGCUUCCUUCAGCAGCUGGCAGACCUUGACCUCAGCCUCUUCCGAAUGAGGUUGGAGAAGCUGCGCGAGAUGGAUUCGUCGUCGGAGUCGGAAGACGAAGACGAAGACGAGGACGUGAGCUUGGAAACGGAGACAGGCUCGGAGGUGGAGAUCGAGAGCAGUACUGAUGAGGACAAUUAGGAGGAGGAAUAAAGCAGGAAUUGAAGAGGAGGGAAGGAACAGUUGCUUCAGGAAGUGUCCAUACCCCUAGCGAUAUUUCAUGUCAAAAAGUGGCAGCAUGUAAUUAGUAACGUAAUUAUCAGUAAACAUUCAUUCUUACCACCGGGCGUUCGUGGUAGGUUUGUAUGCCAGACGUCGUAAUGGGAGGCAAUAUCCUGUAUAUGAAUAGUGAAACGAUUAAAACCUCCUUCGGCGAUAAACAGGGUAUAGAGGAACUUCCUGAAGCAGUUGCACACCUAUAUACACACAUGCGUUCGUCGCAUACACAGCAAUCACACACACAUACAAAAAAAAAAAAAAAAAAAAAAAAAAAAAAAAAAAAAUGGUAAAACAUAAUCAGUAACGAAGGGAAAGGAUCACAUUGUAUUUAAUGUAUAUUUUAGGGAUCGUGUUCAUGAUUAGUUACGGGUAAAAAUGUAAUUGGUAAUUUAUCCAGAUUUUUUUUUUUUUUUUUAUCAUUCAUAGAUUUUCAUGUAUUCGAUUUUUGUAUCUGUAUUUAGAUACAAGCGAGUGCUUUUCAGAGUGAAAGCGCAUAUAAAUCAGCAUUUAAUACUCUACUAAUAUUACUGUGUCUCUAACUACCCCCUUUUCUGUAUUUCGUUGCUUUAAUUUAUAUAAUGAAUACAAAAAAACAAAAACAAAAAAACAUCUCGUUUUAGAGAAGUACUGAAAGAUACAGCUUUGCGCUGCUGUGAUAUGGGAAAAAAAGACAUUAUCUAUAUUACUAGCAGAACAGGAGACAUACUGGAAAUGAAUAGGUAUAGUUUAAUGAAAUCACCCGUUGGAGAAUUAUGUAAGGGAACUCAUUUGUAUUUUUAGAAUUGAAAGAACUCUUUGGGGAAAAAAAAAAAACGAUAUGAUAGAUAGAUAUAUCGUGAGGAGGAAGGUAGUUAGUCUAUGUUGCUUUAUUAGGGACAGUGAUAGAUGUCUUGUAAUUCAAAAUAUUUUGAGAUUUUACCGAGAUAUUAAGAGAUGGUUUAAGAAGCUGAGUUUGGACGUAAACAGCGUGGAUAUAGUCAUGCCAGUGUAAUCCUUUUGUGUGAGGGAAGCAAGAGCUGAAUCGUAAAAGCUCCCUGAUUUGAUUCACUGCCGACAUAACCGUCACUCAACACAGAACAGUUAUCCUGCGCAGGGAUUACUCUAUAUCCGGCAUACUUACUGUCGGAAAAGUUCUCACAAGGCUUCCGAAGAUGUCCCCUUAUUAAUGCACCAUAAUACUCGACCGUUUCACCUUCACCUUUUGAAAUGCUUCACAGAGUUGUACUUGUUUCCUCCCUAGUGAUUAGUGUGGCAAUACAGGGAUAUUAUGUACAGCUCAGCCCCUUUGGAUUACCCGUGACACGGAUUAGUGGAUUUAACUCUUCAGUGGAAACGAAAAUCUCUAUCACACUUUUAACUCACCUGUUGCUCGGUAGUUUUUCGUUCAGUUAUUAAAAGAGAGAAUCGAAUAAGUUCAAACGUCGUUUUAUCAGUACUACAAUAAAAAAUGAUAUAAGCUACGGCGAAUAGAUCAGAUUAAAGGAAGUAAAAGCUCAUGCUUGACACAGAUUAUAUCCGAUUUGAGUAAUGGAUUUAGUCGAAGGUAAGUAGAUUCUUUUCAUCCGCAGUCCCUUUGCUUGAAUUAAAAUGUACAUUUUUUGCAAUAACAGAUUGAUUCAUCCUUCUCAUAUGAAAAUGUUGCAGUGUAAAGGGAUGUAAUGCAUGAAAGACGAGUAUCAGAAAAAAAAAAAAAAAUCUCGGUUUCACGACUUCAGGUCUGACGUCUCCUAAAAAAAUAGGAUUAUGUAAAUCUGGUUCUUAGAUCGACAUCCAUUUUUAUUUCUGCAUUAAUGGCAUUUUCGAAGAGAACCUCGAUUUCUGAUUCCUUAAUUCAUUUCUGUAUUUGUAUCUCUAAUUAGACCGUUGUCGUAACUUGUGAGUACCAGUAUGAUAGUUACAUGAAUGAGACACUGCAAUGUAAACUGGAUGUAUCCGUUAAAAUUCUAGCAGAGAUUGUACCCUGAAACCACUGCUAUUGCAUUACAAGAUUUUUAUAACUCGUUAAUUUCCAUCAGUGAAGCAUAUAUAAAACGACCCACAGUGACUCCCCUUCCUCGGAAAGAGAAAUAUAUAUCUAUCAAGUCUGUUCCAUGACGUAAACACACUAGAACUAAUGUUGGAAAGGAAUAUUCAGUUACAUUUCAUAGAAGUGAAAUUAAUGAUAUAUUAAUGUAAUACUGCUGUAGCUAAAACAUUUACGCGGGGUUGGUGUUACUAAGGCAAUUAGGUUUUAUGAUAAUUAUGUUUUGCUCAAGAGUCCUUGGGAAGUUUAUGGUUGUGGAACAAUUUAAUCCUUACUGGAGAAUUAAUUAGACGAAUUAAUUAGCUUUCUUAAUUGUAUUCUGAGUGUUACAUGGCAUUUUGUGACGCAGAAGCAGCAAACUCUUACAUGAAAAUAUUAAUAGACGUAGUGUGAUUUCAUAGACGGACAUGUAGUAUAAAAAGGAAUCUGUGAAGUGAAUUUGUUCUGUAU